AUGACACCAAGGGCUGACUGGUUCCUCCUGGACAGCUGGAGGGUCCGUCACGCUGCCAUCGGCCUCUUCUGCUGUGGGGUCUCCAUCUACCUGACAGCUCUUGCCAUCUACAUGCUGCUGCUGUUCGAGCUGGAGGCUGGCAUCGCCAGUGCCUGCAUCCUCUCCUCGGGUGUCAUUGUCCUGCUGAUCACGGUGACCCACGCCCUGCUCAGGGCUUCCCAGCUCUCCCACCGGCACCGCCCCGAGGUUUCUCACACGCUGUACGAGAACGACUCAGCCCAACACGGCGACUCCCCCGGCAGCCGCAUGAACAACAGGAACGCGGCCCCUCCCCGCCCUGAGAUCCCCCGGGAAUUUUCUUUCCCUCCUUUCCUGGAGCGUAAAUCCCAGCUGGGCUCUCCAGAAUGUUCCCACCUGGUGCGUACACCCCGGACGCUGUCGGCAGAGCCGGGGCUGCUGCAGGCACAGGGGAAGCCCUGGAGUGGGAUCACCCAGGAGAUGAGGAACGUGCUGUCCCGAAAGCCUGGAGCCUCAGGCAAGGACUCCACCCUGGUGUGA